AUGACUCAAAAUUCAAUGGCUACACUCAUCAACUUGUGCAAAGCAUUUACCGGGGAAUCCCAAGCAAGAAAUAGAUAUUUGAUCUAUUCCCGUGCUGCUAAGAAAGAAGGUCUUGAUGUCAUUGCUGCUCUUUUCAAUGAGACUGCUGAUCAGGAAGGCACUCAUGCCAGACUUCUCUUUGAGAUGAUCCAGACCUUAAAGAAGGAAGGUGAACAGACCCCAAAAAUUGAGGCUGAAGUCCCAAUCGACUUCGGUGACACUGCAACCAACUUGAUGGCUGCUAUUGCUGGCGAGACUUAUGAACACACCAUUAUGUACCCAGAGUUUUCCAAAGUGGCCAAAGAAGAAGGUCACGCUCAAAUAUCUGCCAAGCUUAACUUGAUUGCCAAAGCAGAAGAAAACCACCACGCAAGAUAUCAAAAGAUACUUGAUGAAUUGAAAGCCAAUAACCUUUACAAGAAAGCCUCCAAAGUGUUUUGGGUUUGCAGAGAAUGUGGUUUCAUUUUUGAAGGAACUCAGGCACCAAAGAAUUGCCCACUCUGUGGUAUGCCGGGUGAUUACUUCAGAGUUAAAGUCGAUAUUUAA